AUGAGCGGUCCUAUCAGUAUUGGCUCCACGGGCGAGUGGCAUAGCCUCCUCGGGAGCACCAAUGUCGUAAUCGUAGACUUCUAUGCCGACUGGUGCGGCCCUUGCAAGAUGAUUGGGCCUCAUUUUGAUCGCCUUGCAAAGGAGCAUUCGCGCCCCAAGAAGAUGGCAUUCGCCAAGGUCAACGUCGACCACCAGGCGACUAUUGCCAAGACCUACGGCGUGUCGGCGAUGCCCACGUUCAAGAUCUUCCACGGCACCGAGUGUGUCGAGACCCUCAAGGGCGCCGACCCUUCCUCCCUCAGCUCCGCCAUCUCCAAGGCCGUCAAGCUCUCUGACACCACCCCGGCUGGGAAGCCCACCGAGGCCUUCAGCAAGCCGGGGCGCACUCUCGGCGGUCCCGGCGGCGGUAAGAAGGCGGCGGCCGGCUCUGGUUUCGGCCUCCCCCGCAAUUUCAGCGUAUUCGGGGCUCUGAACAUGGUCGUGCUUUUCAUCGGGCUGUAUUUUGUCACAUUGUUUUCGUUUGAUGCACUCGCGGCAGCCGAAAACUCGUGGUUUAACAAGCACAGAAAAGCCCAGGAUAUCAGGGCGAACCUCGGUUCCAGCUCAACAAAGCUGGGUGCAAAUGCUUUUUGCAAAAUGCUUUCUUCGAGGGGCAUCCGGAAUGCCUGUUCAAAGCGGCAUCUUUCCACGACGUUACUAAUUCGUUCUCAUUCCAUUCUUUCACAAUCGGCAUACUCUCCUUCCAUUGCCUUCACGCACCUUGAUCAAUUCCAAGCAAGAAAUAGGCUGCAAUCACGAUUUCUUUCGACCUCGAAAUGCGCACGUCAAGAGGCCGCCGCGACUGCAGCGAGCGAAUCGAGCAAUCCUGUCGAGCAAGUCGUCCGAGAUGCGAAGCAACGAUUCCGUGACACUCUACCCAAGAAUUACCUAAACGAUGAAGAGUAUGCACUCUACGUUCGGCUAUAUGGGCCACCACUUCGAGAGACGAACCCUGAGGAUGUCGGAAUACACAUGCACGCCGAUAUGGGACGCUCGGAAACGCCGGGAAAAUCGCAACCAGAUAAUGAAGCCACCUUGUUGCGGGAGGUUGAGGGGCGCUACGAGGAAGUGGCAUAUCACAUUCCGCCGAAAGAGGCAGCCGGAGAGGACCGUUCAACAACACAGGCAGAGGAAACUGGUCUAGAGUCUAACGAGACUCGACCAGCUGCGCUAGAACCCCAGGAAUUAAUUGAAAAGCCCCCCACCUAUGUUGAAUCCGUGGCAAGGAGUCAGAGAGAGCACGAUGCCCUUCAAAAACUGGUCCAGCAAUUCGAAGAAACUCAGAAGGAACAGCAAGAGGCAGAGGCUCGGACCUUGCUGGACGAAGUUGAGGUGGAAAACUUACAACGGGUGGAGGAAGUAUCAUGGCCUGCCAGGGAGGAGACAGCUGCUGAAGAGGAGGAAUACGAACAUGGGUCAGCUCGCCAACGAUACCACCCACUUACCGAAGCAGGCCGCUUUCACGGAACCCCAAUUGAAGUGCUUCUACCUCAAGAGGAGCUUGUGCAGCCCAUUACUGAUCUUCUGAGGAGAACGCAUGUGGACCAUGUGAGGGAGGCUGCAGAGAGCGUUUACGGUGGACCCGGACUGCCUCUAUCUCCAGAAAUGGUACUUAAGAGAAGGAGUGGCCACAUGGGAGGUGUCGGGCUUCUCGCAGAUCAGCACCAUAUGACCGAGAUCGAAGCUGAUGCCUUUCUUGCGGGGUUCAUGCCAGCAGCAUAUGCUUCGAUCCUCUCCACGGUCCGCGAAGUUCGCAAGCGUCUAGGUAGCGAUUGGAUCCAGUCGAAGCUGAAGAACAAGGGCGAGGGCCUCAGCGUGCUUGAUGCGGGAGCUGGUGGAGCGGGGCUUCUCGCAUGGGAGCAAGUUCUGAAUGCAGAGUGGGAUUUAUUAAUAGACCAAGGCGAAGUAAGAGGACAUCAACCUCCGGGUCGGAAGACGGUCAUUGCGACUUCGGAGCGUCUUCGUAACCGCUUGAAAACCUUCUUACACGAUACAACGUUUCUGCCUCGCAUGCCUGAUUAUGAGCACUCGGGUGAAAUGCGUGGCCCUCGUCUUGAGGGAGGCAGCCAACAACAGCCAAGGAAGAGCUACGAUAUCAUCAUCUCAUCACAUUUGUUCCUCCGCGAAAAGGAAAGCCAUCGUCGCCAGGCGAUCCUUAACAACCUGUGGCACCUUCUCAAAAAGGACGGGGGUGUUCUCAUCAUCAUCGAAAAGGCCCACCCGCGAGGGUUUGAGGCGGUUGCCCAUGCGCGGGAUACUAUUCUGAACCAGUUCCUGCUGACACCUUCUGGUGAAUCCCGGAUCGCUCCGGAGGACUUCAACCCUACUUGGCACCGUGAGCCAGAACCGGGACAUGUCAUUGCUCCCUGUACCAAUCAAGACACGUGCCCAAUGUAUCCCGAGCCCGGUAAGAGUGUCGGUCGCAAAGACUUUUGCCACUUCAGCCAGAGAUUCGUGCGACCCAGCUUUUAUAAUCAAAUGCUGAGGAAGAAGGUUGACAAUCGUGGCGAGGUCGAGUUCAGUUAUGUGGCUGUCCAGCGAGGAGUUUCCCGACAAGGGGCUCUCUCCGGCAAGGAAGCCACUCAACUCGCCAAAAAGGGGUACGAGAAAUCCGAAGAGCAGCCCGAUAUGCAAUCCUUGCCCCGACUGAUCCUACCGGCAAUAAAGCGAAAGGGGCAUGUGUCGAUGGAUGUGUGCACACCCGCAGGCACGAUCGAACGCUGGACGGUACCCAAGAGUUUCAGCAAGCUGGCGUAUCGCGACGCCAGGAAAUCAAGAUGGGGCGAUCUCUGGGCUCUGGGGGCCAAGUCUCACACAAAGAAAGAAGUCAGGGCAGGUGUUGCAGACGAUGGAGGCAAACGUGCCAGUGCAGAAGUCAGGCAACCUCGAACAACGAGGGUGGACAUGGACGAGGACGGCACCACAGAGACUGUCCUGCAUGAUCGAAAAUCAAAGGGCAGAAAACGGCAGCAAGAUCUGUUGGCAGAGCUAAAACGAAUCCAUGCGGAAGGAGAUAGGCUUCUAGGUGAGGAGAUUGAUGCCGAGGUGAUCGGAGAAGACCCGGAGUUGGAGAGGCAUCGCAGGCACUGA